AUCCCAGUGCCACCAAACUGGACCAAUCAGCCCCAGGCUGCACGAACUCUCACACUGUAGAGAGAGAGGCGUACGCGUGCACGGACUGCGUGGCGCGGUCACGCGAUCGGAUCUGCUGUCACGAGCCUUAUCCAAGCCGCGGAGUGGAGGCUGGAGAAUUAGAACGGACAUCAAUUAUACAGCACAUUUCAGUUAUCACAUUUAGAGUGUGGUUAAGAGAGCCGGGCUUUAAUUUUGUAUUGCAAGUUGGCACUUGAGAACGUCUAUGUAGUUAUCCCGGACAACCGGUGAUGUAUCCCAGUAUUUGAAUGAUAUUGCUAGACAGCUAGCUAGCUGUUAGGCUAGCUAUACGGCGCUUGACUUCGAACUAACUCAACGUUAUAUUCUGUGACGUUUUUCUAUUAACACAUCUGACUGCAUUUAUCUGAGAGACACCCAAGUAGUUGGUGGUUUUAACGUUGGUGAAUCGUUACAGUACGUGCUAUAUGCGUCGCCUCUAAUCCUAUCUAGGUAAGGAUUGAAUGAAAUAACGUUAGCUUGCCAUAGCCAGCGGAAACGAGCCAGUUAACAGGGAUAACGCAAAUUUAUCCUCCAGCACCAUCCAGCUAAUCUAGCAUAUGCUAUUUGAGCUAACGUAGCCACCCACAGGCAUACCGCGAGCUUCGUCAGCAACACUGAAUAAUAUAGGUGUAGCGAGCAACUGGAAUUGCUGAAAAGCUAGCUACUACUAAACGUCAAGUUGGCCAUCUUCGACUCCAGUCCGGUGUAAAGGCUGAGCAUAGUGAGCAACGUCAGAUACCGUUAAGGCCGGAGUGAGGACAAAUCUGCAAACAUGCCGGCUGUGUCGAAAGGAGAUGGAAUGCGCGGAUUAGCAGUUUUCAUUUCUGACAUAAGAAACUGUAAGAGCAAGGAAGCUGAGAUCAAACGGAUCAAUAAAGAGCUGGCCAACAUUCGCUCCAAGUUUAAAGGGGACAAGGCUCUUGAUGGCUACAGCAAGAAGAAAUAUGUCUGCAAGCUGCUCUUCAUCUUCCUGCUCGGCCAUGACAUUGAUUUCGGACACAUGGAGGCAGUCAACCUACUGAGCUCCAAUAAGUACACGGAGAAACAGAUUGGUUACCUGUUCAUUUCAGUGCUGGUUAACAGCAACAGUGAGCUGAUUCGUCUGAUCAACAACGCCAUCAAGAAUGACCUCUCCAGUCGCAACCCCACCUUCAUGUGCCUGGCCCUUCACUGUAUUGCUAACGUGGGCAGCCGUGAGAUGGCUGAGGCUUUUGCCAGUGAGAUCCCUCGGAUCCUGGUGGCCGGGGACACCAUGGACAGUGUGAAGCAGUCUGCUGCCCUGUGUCUGCUGCGCCUCUAUAAGACCUCUCCUGACCUGGUUCUGAUGGGGGAGUGGACCUCCCGCGUGGUGCACCUGCUCAAUGACCAACACAUGGGUGUGGUGACAGCAGCCAUUUCCCUCAUCACCUGUCUGAGCCAGAAGAAUCCGGAUGAGUUCAAGACCUGCGUUUCUCUGGCCGUUUCCCGACUUAGCAGGAUUGUGUCUUCAGCCUCCACUGACCUGCAGGACUACACUUACUACUUUGUCCCGGCACCCUGGCUCUCCUGCAAGCUGCUGCGCCUACUGCAGUGCUACCCUCCACCAGAAGAUGGUGCUGUCAAGGGUCGUCUGGUAGAAUGUCUGGAGACCAUCCUGAAUAAGGCACAGGAGCCACCCAAGUCCAAGAAGGUGCAACACUCCAAUGCCAAGAAUGCCAUCCUGUUUGAGGCUAUCUCACUGAUCAUACACUAUGACAGCGAGCCCAACUUGCUGGUGCGAGCCUGUAAUCAGCUGGGCCAGUUCCUGCAGCACAGGGAGACCAACCUGCGCUACCUCGCUCUGGAGAGCAUGUGCACCUUGGCCAGCUCUGAGUUCUCCCAUGAAGCCGUCAAGACACACAUCGAGACCGUCAUCAACGCCCUCAAGACUGAGAGGGAUGUGAGUGUUCGACAGAGGGCCGCUGAUCUGCUGUAUGCCAUGUGUGAUCGCAGCAAUGCCAAGCAGAUCGUAGCUGAGAUGCUCAGCUACCUGGAGACAGCAGACUACUCAAUCAGAGAGGAGAUGGUGCUAAAAGUAGCCAUACUGGCGGAGAAAUAUGCCGUGGAUUACUCCUGGUACGUGGACACCAUUCUCAACCUGAUACGCAUAGCUGGAGACUACGUCAGCGAAGAGGUGUGGUAUCGCGUCAUUCAGAUCGUCAUCAAUCGAGACGAUGUGCAGGGCUACGCUGCCAAGACGGUCUUUGAGGCCCUGCAGGCCCCUGCCUGUCAUGAGAACAUGGUGAAGGUUGGAGGCUACAUUCUGGGAGAGUUUGGAAACCUUAUUGCUGGGGACCCACGCUCCAGCCCCCUGGUGCAGUUCAACCUUCUCCACUCCAAGUUCCACCUGUGUUCCGUACCGACCCGCGCCCUUCUGCUGUCAGCUUACAUCAAGUUCAUCAACCUGUUCCCGGAGACCAAGGCCACCAUCCAGGAGGUGCUGCGCUGCGACAGCCAGAUCCGCAACUCAGACGUGGAGCUGCAGCAGCGUGCUGUCGAGUAUCUGAAGCUUUCUUCCAUCGCUAGCACAGAUGUCCUGGCCACGGUCCUGGAAGAGAUGCCUCCCUUCCCAGAGAGGGAGUCAUCAAUCUUGGCUAAGCUGAAGAAGAAGAAGGGGCCCGGUGCUGUUUCCGUUCCAGAUCUGGAAGACAGCAAACGGGAGGGUGGGGAGUUGAAUGGAGGGGGUGAGCGUGGGCCAGACACAACAGCCAUGGCUUCCUCCAAUGCUUCCACCCCGUCACCAUCAGCAGACCUCCUUGGGAUUCGUUCUGCUGCUCCUGUAGGUGCUGCUCCAGCCAGCGCCGGCAGUCUAUUGGUGGAUGUGUUCUCUGAGGCAGGGCCUGCUGCCCCUUCUGCUGCUGUCAAUGAUGACGGCUUCCUAAGAGAUCUGGAACAGCCCACUGAGACCUCUGACUCCCUAUUGGUGGAGGGUUCUGGUGACUCGGACUCUGCUCCUCCCUCUGAGGAUCCUGCUCCUCCUCUGCCUGAGGCAGACGAUCUUCUUAACAAGUUUGUGUGCAAGAACAAUGGGGUUCUGUUUGAGAAUCAGCUUCUACAGAUUGGCAUCAAGUCAGAGUAUCGUCAAAAUCUGGGGAGAAUGUACUUAUUCUACGGUAACAAGACUUCAGUGCAGUUUGCCAGCUUCACCACCACCACCAGCUGUCCCGGGGAGCUGCAGUCUCAGCUCAACGUUCAGACCAAACCCGUAGAACCAGUGGUCGAGGGGGGGGCCCAGAUCCAACAGGUCCUCAACAUAGAGUGUCUGACGGACUUCUCUGACGCUCCACUGCUCAACAUCAAGUUCAGGUAUGGGGGAGCUCUGCAGAACCUGACCCUAAAGCUGCCUGUCACCAUCAACAAGUUCUUCCAGCCCACUGAGAUGACUUCACACGACUUCUUCCAGCGCUGGAAACAGCUCAGCCAACCACAACAAGAAGCACAGAAGAUAUUCAAGGCUAACCACGGCAUGGACACAGAAGUUCUUAAGGCAAAGCUCCUGGGACUGGGAUCGGCCCUGCUGGAAGACGUGGAUCCCAACCCAGAGAAUUAUGUGUGUGCAGGAGUGAUACAGACCAAGGGCCAGCAGGUGGGCUGUCUGCUCAGACUGGAGCCCAACAGCCAGGCACAGAUGUACCGCCUGACUCUGCGCUGCAGUAAGGAGUCUGUCUCCAAGCGUCUGUGCGAGCUGCUGGCCGAACAGUUCUAGAGUCCAGACGCCCCGUCCCCCCUGUCACCAGUCCUCCCACCAUCCCCACCAGCGACCUCUCCUUCCUCAAACAAAUAAUCUUUGAGUAAAAAAAGGUGUAACCUACAUAAGGGAAGAUGCAGCCACUGUCAGCAGCAGCGGCAAUAUUACUGUCAUUAUUUUUGUCCCAGAUUCUGAUUCCAGUUCUCUCUGUGUGUGUGUGUGUGUGUGUGUGUGUGUGUGUGUGUGUGUGUGUGUGUGUGUGUGUGUGUGUGUGUGUGUGUGUGUGUGUGUGUGUGUGUGUGUGUGUGUGUGUGUGUGUGUGUGUGUGUGUGUGUGUGUGUGUGUGUGUGUGUGUGUGUGUGUGUGUGUGUGUGUGUGUGUGUGUGUGUGUGUGUGUGUGUGUGUGUGUGUGUAAGAGUCCACAUUUGAAUUGGUAGAGCAUUCCUUAAAUAAAUAGGUGAGGCUGUUUAUUACAUACACACUCAUAUCCUCUCACACACACUAGUAUAAGCCUCCUUGUGGUUCUGGUGGAAACACUAAUGAAGUGAGACCUGAGGGUCCAGAACCCUGCCGCUGCCCGCUCAUUUCCGUCAAGCAUUCCCAGUGAAAAUGCACUUAAGGCCCCCCCCCCCCCCCCCCCAUGAUAAUUCCUCUUCCUGUCAGCCCUGUGAUGAGUCAUUUCAAAGAGUCAGUACACUUGUUUAUGUUGUUGAUGUGUAUGUAAAUAUGUGCCAGUGUAUUAUUUUAUGGCUUUCUGAAACAUUCCCAUGUUGCUUGUGUAAAAUGCGUGUGAUUAACCACAGAGGGGGCUGUAGGGCUGAGGAUCAGUCUGUUGGACUCUCAGUGGCUCAUCAGCUGUCCGUGGGAAGCUUAGCAAGUCUUCUCUUGUAAAACUGGAACAUUCUUUCUGAGAACACCUUAGAAAAAACACAUUUCACUUUAGUGCGGCUUGCCCAAUUAUGUUUUUGAAGUGUUUUUGUCCUAUACGACAUGCAAAGGUGAUAUUUAUCUUUCAUAGUAAGCAUCUUAAAGCAGCAUGCUUUAGAGAGAGAGAAGACUUCAAUGUGUGGUUAAGUUUCCCACCUCUGAUUAAGCGCAGAUAUAUCAGUCUUAAGGAUUUGUCUUCAUGAAGAAGUGUAAAGCCUAACCUAUGAUCCCAAUAAGGCACACAGAGAUGAGUCAUGAUAACUUAAAGAAUAUAACCGUGUUCAUCAGGCAGAGAUGUUUCAACAGAGGCUGCUAAACGCAAAACUUAUAUGAGCCAUUUCAAUCCCAAACUAGGCAGAUGGAUCUGUCGGAUAUACAUACACACAUACCGCAUCUAAAGAAGACACCACUACAUUAAACUAGAACAGUAGCCCACAGCUGGAAUUUUUCCUGGGCUUCCUCUUCCGCAGAAGCACUGAGGUUGUAGGGGAGGUUAUGAUGUAAGCACCUACAGGGGACUCAGAAUGUGUGUUUGUGUGCAUGUGGCUGUGAGCAGGUAAGAAAAAACCCUUCAGUCAUUGCUUAUACGUGGUCACAUUACAUUCGUUGGCUGCGCGGCCAUCACAGGACAUUGAACUUCGUAGUGGAAAAUAUAGUCAUUUUGUCAUUCUGUGAGUGUAUGUGUGUGUGUGUGUAUGCAGUACUCACUAGCUAAUGCAGCCUCAUGUAUCGGUGUUAAGAACCUGUCCAAUUCCUGUGUUAGAAUUAAGAUUUACUCUGUAAUGAAAAAAUGUGAAAGUAAAACUAUGCCAUAUAUCCAA